AUGGGUCUGUGCUUCCAAGGGCAGACUAAGAAGCUGCUUACAGAACUGUGUCUGUAUGACCCACCCGAGAUCCCCAAUGCCACAUUCAAAGCCCUCUCCUACAAGAAUGGCACCAUCCUAAACUGUGAAUGCAAGAGAGGUUUCCGAAGACUAAAGGAAUUGGUCUAUAUGCUUUGCUUAGGAAACUCCUGGAGCAGCAACUGCCAGUGCACCAGCAACUCCCACGACAAAUCAAGAAAGCAAGUUACACCUCAACCUGAACACCAGAAAGAGCAACAAACCACAAACAUGCAGAAACCAACACAGUCUAUGCACCAAGAGAACCUUACAGGUCACUGCAGGGAGCCCCCUCCUUGGAAACAUGAAGAUUCCAAGAGAAUCUAUCAUUUCGUGGAAGGACAGAGAGUUCACUACGAGUGUAUUCCAGGAUACAAGGCUCUACAGAGAGGUCCUGCUAUUAGCAUCUGCAAGAUGAAGUGUGGGAAGACGGGGUGGACUCAGCCCCGGCUCACAUGUGUAGAUGAAAGAGAACACCACCGAUUUCUGGCUAGUGAAGAAUCUCAAGGAAGCAGAAAUUCUUCACCUGAGAGUGAGACUUCCUGUCCCAUCACCACCACAGACUUCCCACAACCCACAGAAACAACUGCAACGACAGAGACAUUUGUGCUCACCAGGGAGUAUCAGGUAGCAGUGGCCAGCUGCCUCUUCCUGCUCAUCAGCAUCCUCCUCCUGAGCGGGCUCACCUGGCAACACAGAUGGAGGAAGAGCAGAAGAACCAUCUAGCAAGCUAGAAAAGUCAGAGCCCAAGGCAAGCGGAUGGGAAUCACAAAGCUCAAGCCAAAUCCGAGACACCAAACAUUCACUCAACGGCUGUUUCCUUCUGAUCCCUGGGUUUCUAGAACGUUCUGACGUCACAGGACAUCACAGCAACUCCAUCACUAAACUGGACUUUGCCAUUGAAGAAUAGGGUCUAACCACUUCAGCACAGCAGUUCUAAAGCUUUAAUGGGAGAGAGGGCCCAACAGUGCUCUGCGUGUUUUGUUUUUGUGUAUAUAUGUUGAUGGGAGCUGAGAUGGUGUGGUCACUUUUCAUGUAACAUAUAAUAUAGAAAAAGUAGCUUUAGGUUGACUUCAUUGUUACAACCCAGUUUGGAAAGCCCAAGUAAAACUCAGCACUAAUGUAAAUAUUCCCUCCUCCUCCUCCUCUCUCUUUUCACCCUCCGCUCCCUCUUCCUCUUCUUCCUCCUCCUUUUCCACCUCCUCUGUCCCUACCCACCCCCACCCAUCCACUUUCCUUCUUCCUUUCUGCUCUCACAAGCUCAUCCUAGCUACACGUGCAUGGCUGGCUCCUUUCUCAACCUCUGUUUGCCUAACUGGCUCUUCUGAUUUCAUCACUUACUGAUCAGCCUUUAAAACUCUGAGCUGGCAAAGAUGACUCUAUGUUCUUGGCUCAGUCCCAGAAGGAAACCCCCUUUUCACUGAAGCUUCAGUUUUGACAUCCUGAAAAACAGAAACUGUGGCAGAACAAUCUUCAGAUAACAUCAAAACAAAGUGGAGAGGCCACGGGAACUGUGGAGCUCUGGUAUUCAGAAGCCUGUGUCUAGGGUCUGCGCCAGGAGCAGAAGGCUGAAGGAAGUCCCAGGACAUGGACUCAGAUGCUUUCCCAGCAGGCCACUCUAAGAGCUGGUUUCUUUGGGACAGCUGUCAAUUGUACGCUCAAUUUAGCCUGCACUAAUCUGAUGCUUACAGGUGAACACUCAAGGUACAGGUAUGGACUUGGUACAUACCGUGAAAACACUGGAAAGAAAAGAAUACUUUCAAGUUUACAGAAGGAAGGAAGGAAAAAGGAAGCAGAGGUGGUGAUUAUACAAAAGAUUAGCUGUAGACUGGAUAUCCCAGGCAUCCUCGGAUAAUGCCCUCACCCCAGCACCCCAAUCCAGGUCACCAAAGCCUUGUGAGAGCAGAAUGCAGAGCCAGCCUGUCUCUGAGUCAGUAAAUGUAGAAUUUGGAUUUCUCACAAGUUCCUGGUGGUGUCUUUAUGCUGAUCUCUAGCCCAUGCUUUGUGAGGUACUGGGCUAUCCCUGUGUGCUCUCCUCUUCCACGGAUACCAAAGCACCUGGGUUUGAUGCUCAGACUCCUGAGCACGUUCUUGUUCAAUCUCUUGCGUAAGAUUUCCUCUCAGAUGAGUUGAGUCAGAGUCUCAUGUUUAACAGUGUUUUAGGGGAUUCACAGAAGCCUACACUAUCAGUUUUCAUUUCUGAAAAGGCUGGAAAGUUUUAUGAAAAAAUUUCAAAGGUCAGACAGAGCCAUUUUGAAUCUUUUAUGUGGCCAAGUGUGAACCAGAUCUUUCCUAUCUAUGGUCUCCCCUUUCCAAAAUAUAUCUUUUGUGGGGACACGGCAAGGAGGAAAGUUAAAUAGAAUCUCAAGCUACUAAUUUUAGAAAAGAAAAAAAUGUUAAACUCUUACUAAAGAGCUGUGGGUAGUGGUACACACCUGUACGCCCAGCUCUCAGGAGACUGAGGCAGGAUUGCAGUGAAUCAGAGAUCAGCUUCACCUACGAGCAAAACCCUGCCUUACCCCUCAACCUUUCCAUAAAAACAGUCUUACUUGUAUAAAAUUAAUUUUUAAUAUAUAUCUGUGCACGAUGUGUGUGCCUGGUGCCCAGGGAAGCCAGAAAAAUAUGUUCAAUGUCCCUGGAAUAGGUGGUUAUGAGCUGCCAUGGAGGUGAUGGGAUUUAAACCCUUGUUCUCUUUAAAAGCAGCUAGUUCUCCUAACCACUGAGCCAUCUCCACAGCCCCAUUAAAUUGAAUUUUAUUGUCAUUACUCAAUAUGGGAGAUGGGGUAAUGAUAACAAAAUUUUUUUUAUAAUACUAAGAUGUUUAACUAUUUUACUCUCCUUCACAAGUGUAGAGUAGAAUUUUCUAGAAGCUACAUGCAUGAUACUAUCACUCUGGUGUUAACACAUAAUAGAUUUAUCUUGUUAAUAAAAGAAUUAGUAAAUAAUAUUUUAAAUUUUUUCUUUGUUUUAGUUUUAAGAUGAUUAAUAUCUAUAGAUACUAGUGUAUAUUAAGAAAGCCUUUGGGACCCUCAAUCAUUUUACAUGGUUUUAGUAAUUUUUUAAUAACAUAAAGAAGGUCUGACAGAUUAUGCUAAAAAGCUAUUGUGGUUUGGAUUGGAAAUGGCCCCCACAGCUCCUGUGUUCAGACAUCAGCUAGCAGUGCUGCUUUGGGUUUUGGAACCCUUAAGAGGUGGGGCCUUGCUCAUGGAGACAGGUCCCUGGAGGUGAACCAGACUUGCUUCCAGUCUCCCUCUCUGCUGUCCCAGGAAGCCAUCAUAUGAGGAGUUUCACAACAUACUUCUGCUGCCACAGAGUCCCUCCAGUAAGGCACGUACUGGCCACUGUGUCGUGUACCCUCUAAAACUGAGCUAGCGCUCCCCUCUCCUCCCGACACUAUCUCUGUUGAUGCUUUGCCACAGUGAUGAAGAACACAAGUAAGGCAAAGACAAGACAUACUUUGGAGACUCAUGGGAGCAUCUCAGCCAGACUCAGGCACAGCUGCGAUGUGGGAAUUAUCAAGCAUGAGAUGCAAAGCAAUGGAAAAUGAGUCGUUAUGACAGAAGCUUCAAUGGCACCCUGCAUCUAGUCUUCCCUUCUUCCCAUUAGUAAUAAUAGCCCGCAUUUUAGAAGAACACAUCUUUUUGGUGUUCUGGGAGCUUAUGUUGCGAAUGUGGCACAAUCUAAGAGACGUCUGAGAAGAGGGGACCUCAGUGGAAGAUUCUCCUGAUCAGAUUGUCCCACUGAUGAUUGAUAUGGGAAGGCCCAACCCACUGUCAAAGGCACCACCCAUUGGCAGGAUGACUUGGGUUAUAGAAGCAAACAGGCCAGUGACAUGAGCCAGUGACAGUGGCGUCUCUUUGGAAGAAGCAUGGCUUUCUUCCGUGGCUUCUGUUUGAUCUCUCUCAAUGAUAGAUUGUGACCUAGAAGUAUAAGCUAAAAUAAACCAUU